CUCCACACCAAACACCGGAAGCGGCUAACGGCAGCAGUCAUGGCGUCGACAGCAGCGACCCGAGCCGCAGCUGGAGCUGCUAAAGUGGUCAAACCGAUCUUCAGCCGGGACCUGGACGAGGCUAAGCGGAGGGUCCGGGAGCUGUACCGGGCCUGGUACCGAGAGGUCCCGAACACAGUGGCUUUGUUUCAGCUGGACAUCACAGCCCGUCAGGGACGAGACAAAGUGAGGGAGAUGUUCGACAAAAACAAACACGUCACCGAUCCUCGUGUGAUCGACAUGUUGGUCAUCAAGGGGAAGAUGGAGCUCCAGGAGACGAUCCACGUCUGGAAGCAGAAGACUCACGUGAUGCGAUAUUUCCACGAGACCGAAGAACCUCGUCCCGUCGACUUCCUGUCCAAAUUCUACCGAGGCCACGACCCAUGAACUGUGUAGCCCUCUGCUGACCUCUGACCCCCCUCUUUGCUUGUCUCUAGUGUGACAGAUGUUCCCCUCUACUGUAAAUACACACUUAAUACACACA